UCUUCUGUUUCUUUCCGAGUAACAUGGCCUCUUCUCUAGAUCUAGUUCUUCGGGAGGAAAACUUGGCUGGUUUUGCGAUUUCCAUGCCGAAGUCCAACCGGGUUUCGACGUUCGGUCAUCUCGUGGAGGUGUUGGAAAGAAACGCUGUGAUUCUUCAACUGGAGGCACAUCAUGGCGUCAAGAUCAGCUCGGAAUUGGAUAACAAGUUGGAAUGGUUUGCACAAAUGUCCGGUGGUUUGUUGGGCAAGUUGCAGUCAUUAUAUUACCUUGCGGAGGUUCAGGAAAACGCCACCGAGGUCAAGGAAUUUGCUAGUCGAGUCUCGACGGCUUGGACUCGGGUGAACGAUCGGGUAAACCUCGAGAAAACUCUUCCUCGGACAUGAUUCAAUAACGACGAUUUUCAGGUCCUCGGAAAUCUCUCGAAAAUUCGAGUCGCCAGUCGCACCGUGCCGGGGACGCCGCUUUCCUCGGUUUUGGAAAAAAUCCGGAAAGAGGCCAACGCUGCCAAGAUUUCUCUUCGGAUAGGAGAAGUAAUGUACACGAAGGAAUACAUCCAAAGAGGAUUUUCGGCGUAUGAGAAGAUUAUCGGACUCCUUCGUGAUCUGGAAAAGUGCGACGAUAAGGUUCAAGAAUAUUUAGCCGUUUGCAAGAUGGUACCGUACAUUCAGAAAUUGGAGUCCGAGGUUGACAAGUUCGUCGAAAGCUCGAAACUCGCGCCGAAAACGGAGAGGGUGCUUCCAGUUCUCGAUGUCUUCGUCCUGGUCAGUAAGCUUCUCACCGGGGAACUUCUGGAUCAAGAUCCCAUUGAUCCUCGUCAAGUUUUAUCCGCGAACGUCCCUAAAAAGCCGAUAUUCAUUACGAAGAACAAUAAACGGAAAUCGAGUGCGCAUCGAUUAGUGCAUCCGAUAAAAGUUUCAAGUUCUUCGGUGCCUUCGUUGUUUAAUGCGUCCAGUAAGUAUUACUGAUCCGUAGUGGCGAAAAAUUGGGUAAUCGUGGCGGU